AUGCCGAAAGAAAUAGGAAUCGAAAAGGUAAUUCAAAUCAACGAAAAUGAAUUUUGGAGCGAUAUCAAGGAUGAAUAUAUUCAAAAGCUGGCCAAUACUGAUCCGGCCGAGGUUUAUCCUAGUUUGAAUCCAGGGCCAACGAAUGAAGAUGGAAGCGUGAAUUUUGAAUGUCAUUGUGUUGGUCAUCUAGUGGCAAGUCCUUGUGGAUAUGAAUUCAGAGAGGCCAUCACUUGUCAAAAACAAUCAACCGAUGAGGAAAUGGAAAAUGGGGCAUGUGGUCCUCAAUUAAUGGCUUUUAUGGAAUGUGCAAUGAAGACCCAAUGUUUCAAAACAAACGACUCAAACUCAAAUGAUACAGCUGAAAAGUGA